ACUAAACAAAUAUUUUUAAAUGCUUUUUCAGUCUUACCCUAUGACCAAAUUUGGAAAUCAAAAACGUUGUUUUAAUGCUUCUUACUUUAACGAAUACGAUUGGUUAGAAUACAGUAUACAACAUGAUGCUUUGUAUUGCUUUCCAUGUCGCAAUUUUAGUGCCAACGAUAAUGAAGGAACAUUUUCAAAAACUGGCUUUAGAAAUUGGAAAAAAUUAAGUGGGUCUAGAGGCAUUACAGGAAAAAAACAGACUAAGCUUAAAGCUCAUGCUAGUACGAAAAGCCAUCUUACUUGUGUUGCUAAAUGGUUAGGGCAUAAGAAUACUGAGACAAUUGGUAGUGUGCAUACACAAUUAUCAACACAGCAUAAAUUAGAGGUUGAAGCUAAUAAAAGUUAUAUAAAAACAUUGAUUGAUAUCGCAUUAUAUUUAAGUUGCCAGGGGCUACCUUUUAGAGGUCAUGACGAGUCUACUGAUUCACUUAAUAAAGGGAAUUUCAAGGAAGCAUGUCAAUUAAUGUCCAAAUAUGUACCUGAGUUUUCUGUAAAAUUUCUGAAAACUACAAAUUACACUAGUCCUUUAGUUCAAAAUAGCAUUAUUGAAAUGUGUGCAAAAAAUGUAAGAGACCAGAUCAUUUCAGAAGUAGGCGAUGGUGUAUUUGGUAUAAUGUGUGAUGAAGCUAGGUAAUAUAUUUUUGAAUUAAACAUUAAAACAAAUAUGUUUACCUUUAAUUUAUCCAAGGUAUAUUCUUAAUGAACUAUGUCUAUAGUGCUAUAACCUAUUAUAGUAUAAUCUAUUUAGCUUAAAAAUUAUUUGAUUACCUAUUUAUAUUGCAGAUGCUAUAAAGAAGAACAAAUGGCCUUAUGUAUACGCUAUUGUAAAGGGCUAGACAUUUUUGAAAAGUUCAUUGGUUUCAUUAACUGCUCUGAAAGUCAAAAUGCUCCAUCUCUUUGUGAAUAUAUACUCAAAUACUUGAAGGAAUGUGGAUUAAACUCUAAUGCUAAACUGGUAGCCCAGUCUUACGAUGGAGCUAGUGUUAUGUCUGGGAGAUUUAAUGGUGUACAAGCUUUAAUAAAAUGUAAAUUUCCAUAUGCUAUUUAUACCCAUUGUAUGGCUCAUAGAGUCAACCUUGUAGUGCUUGAUAUGUGUAAAACUGAAAAGGUAUGUGAAAACUGAAAAUAUAGUAUAAUAUUGUGAAUUUAUUGUGUAUUAUUAGGUAGGUAUAUUUAUCAUAUUGUUUGCUUUAAAGGAAUCAAGAAAUGUUUUUCAUACAUUAGAGUCAUUAUAUGUUCACUUUUCUCAACCAGCGAGAAAUAAAAAUCUCAUUGACAUUCAAAAAAAAUUAGGUAUUGAAAAAAAGACUUUAACACGACUGAGUGACACAAGAUGGAACUGUCGAUAUAAAAAUUGUGAAGCUGUACAAAAAUGUUAUGCUUCUAUCAUAAGAUUAUUAAAAGAAGAAAUUGAAAACAAUAAUGAUAAAGAUGUUAACGAAGCAAUAGGUAUCAAUUAUAAUUUAUUACUAAUUUAAACAUUUUUAUUUCUUAUAAUUAAAUGAACUACCUAAUUUAUAUUAUUAAUUAUACAAUCAAUUUUUUUAAUUUUUCAGGAAUUCUGACCAAUAUGCAAAAAGGAAUAUUUGUAGUUCAUUUAUUUAUUCUUCAAAAGGUGCUUACUAUGGUUAAUAUAUUAUCAAAUCAACUUCAGUCAAAGACAGCUACACUAGGAAAUGCGGCAAAUGUAAUAAAAAGUGUUAUUAAAUCGUUCGAAGAUUUAAGAAAUCCUGUUGCGUUUUCACAAAUGUGGAAAGAAAUAUUACAAUUUUGUGAAGACCAUAAUUUAACAAUUGAAAAACCAUUUCAAAGUUGUAAAAGAAAAAGGUUACAGCCAAAAAGCCUAUCAAGUUUUGUCAUGAGUACAACUACAAGUGCUCAAUACAACACUCCUGAGGAAUUAGAGGAAAGUAAAGAAGAUUAUUUCAGAUGUCAUGCUUAUUUUCCUAUAUUGGAUUGUAUAAUUGAGAAUAUGAAUAAACGAUUCACGCCCGAAAGUUUAGAAAUGGCAACAUCUAUAGAUAACUUUUUCAAACUAGAUUUUGCACUAAGUACUUACUUCAUUGAUCAUUAUAAAGUAAAUAUGUAUAUUGUAUAGCUGUAUAGUGUAUAUAUUGACUAAUACUUAAUUUUAUAUUUCUUUAGGAUUUGUUAAGUAUUUCUGUUGAUUCGUUGAAAGCUGAAAUGAUCGUCGCUAAAAACGUUAUAAUCCAAACAUAUAGUACUUCAAAAGAAUUAAUAACAGAUAACUUAAAACUUAUUUUACAGGAAAAUGUUUACCCAAACUUGUUUCAUUUGUAUAAAGUAGCUAUAACAUUACCUAUUAGUUCUUCCACGUGUGAGAGAAGCUUUUCGGCCAUGCGCCGAAUAAAAACAUGGUUACGAACGUCUAUGUUACAAGAUAGAUUUACUCAGGUGUCUAUAUUGUACAUAGAAAAAAACGAUACCAAAAAUAUUAAUAAAGAUAUCAUUCUUAAGCAAUUCGCAGAGGAACAUAAAUAUAUUAUGUUAAAGUAAUAUUAAGAUGAUGUUAAUUGUUAUUACUUAUUAAUAUUUGAAUUAAAUUAUGUAUGGUUUUAUUUAAUAAAUAAUUUUGAAGUAUUUAUAUACAUGUUUUUAAAUUGUAAAAUUUGGAUGUAGAUGGUGAGGGGGAGGAAAAAGCUUGCAUAGUAGGCUUGUUAUAAAGUUCUAAUGUUAUAAAUUAUAAAUUAUA